CCACCCCCCUACGCCUCUCUCUCUCUCUCCCCGACCUCCGCUGCCGUCGUCUCUAUAUAUACCUCUACCUCCCUCCCCCUCCUCCCCAUUCCCCAACACACCAAAGUUCCACCACUCCUCCGAGCUUCUGUCUCUCGCUCGCUCUCAAGCCAGCCAGCAACUAGCAAGAGCUAGCUUCCGGAGAUGGUGUCGUCGAAGGCGGCGCCGUUCGAGGUGUCGGCGGAGGCCGGGAACGCGCGCGACGCGGCGUGGCUGGACGACGACGGGCGGCCGCGGCGAUCGGGCACGGUGUGGACGGCGAGCGCGCACAUCGUCACGGCCGUCAUCGGCUCCGGCGUGCUCUCGCUGGCGUGGGCGAUCGCGCAGCUCGGCUGGGCCGCGGGCCCCGCCGUCAUGCUGCUCUUCGCCUUCGUCAUCUACUACACCUCCACGCUGCUCGCCGAGUGCUACCGCUCGGGCGACCCCGUCGCCGGCAAGCGCAGCUACACCUACAUGGACGCCGUCCGCGCCAGCCUCGGCGGCGCCAAGGUCCGCCUCUGCGGCGCCAUCCAGUACGCCAACCUCUUCGGCGUCGCCAUCGGAUACACCAUCGCCGCCUCCAUCAGCAUGCGGGCGAUCAAGAGGGCGGAUUGCUUCCACGACAAGGGGCACAAGAACCCGUGCCGGAGCUCGAGCAACCCCUACAUGAUCCUCUUCGGCGCCGCCGAGGUCGUCUUCUCGCAGAUACCGGACUUCGACCAGAUAUGGUGGCUCUCCAUCGUCGCCGCCGUCAUGUCCUUCACCUACUCCGGCAUCGGCCUCGCGCUCGGCGUCAUGCAGACCGUCGCCAACGGCGGGUUCAAGGGCAGCCUCACCGGCGUCGCCAUCGGUGACGGCGUCACUUCCACCCAGAAAGUCUGGCGCAGCCUGCAGGCCUUCGGCAACAUCGCCUUCGCCUACUCCUACUCUAUCAUCCUCAUCGAGAUCCAGGACACGAUCAAGGCGCCGCCGCCGUCGGAGGCGACGGUGAUGAAGAAGGCGACGAUGGUGAGCGUGGCGACGACGACGGUCUUCUACAUGCUGUGCGGGUGCAUGGGGUACGCGGCGUUCGGCGACGCCGCCCCGGACAACCUCCUCACGGGGUUCGGCUUCUACGAGCCCUUCUGGCUCCUCGACGUCGCCAACGUCGCCAUCGUCGUGCACCUCGUCGGCGCCUACCAGGUCUUCUGCCAGCCCAUCUUCGCCUUCGUCGAGAGGUGGGCGGCGGCGGCGUGGCCCGACAGCGCCUUCGUCUCCCGGGAGGUGAGGGUCGGGCCCUUCGCCCUCAGCGUGUUCCGACUCACCUGGCGCACGGCGUUCGUGUGCCUCACCACCGUCGCCGCCAUGCUCCUCCCCUUCUUCGGCGACGUCGUGGGGCUCCUCGGCGCCGUCUCCUUCUGGCCGCUCACCGUCUACUUCCCCAUCGAGAUGUACGUCGUGCAGCGCGGCGUGCGCAGGGGGAGCACGCGAUGGGUCUGCCUGCAGCUGCUCAGCGCCGCCUGCCUCCUCGUGUCCGUCGCCGCCGCCGCCGGCUCCAUUGCCGACGUCAUCGACGCGCUCAAGGUGUACCGCCCGUUCAGCGGCUAGUAGUUCAGUUCAGGGCCGGAACGAGGCGCGUGCUGCCGUGGGCAUGCGUAGUGUGUGCUACACUACUGACAGUGGGUCCCAGGUGUAAGCUCAGCUGUAAGGAAAUGGAGAACAAAGCCACUGAACUUUUGUGGCAUUUUCUC